GAGUUUUUCCUUGGAAGCUACGAGCGCUUGCGGCGACAGCCAAAACACAUCGUGUAUUAUCGCGCUGGAGUGCCGGCGUCUUGUCUUUCAGAUGUGGUCAAUGCCGAGAUGUGGGCGUUGCGGAUGGCAUUCCGUAUGCUCGAUGCAGAUUAUGAGCCCCGCGUUACAUUUGUGGUGGCCAAUAAACAUCACCGUCUUCGAUGUUCUGCUCGUGAUGAGAGCCGGCAGUGCAACCCCCCCCCCCCCCCCCUGGUAGGAACUAUUGUUGACUCAGGAACGCUCGUUGACCCGCAGUGUUUCGAGUUCUACCUUUUUUGGAACAAGUGUGCCGACUCAGUAUAG